AUGCAGGGCAGGGCAGCCAGUACGGCAUUAGUCCCAGUUAAGGUGUUGCGUUUAUCUACCUCCUCCCCCUCCCUCUCCUCCCCGUGCUCCCAUGCACCCUCUUCCUCCUCGCCGCAGGUCGCCCUUGAUGUUGUCUUCCACCGGGGGGGGGAGGAGCUGGACAAGGAGGGCAGCCACUACGGCAGGAGGAGUGCCAGCCAACCCUUCCAACUACUGCAUGUACAUUCUAACUUCCCCGUCUCCCCUCCCCCGCCGCAAGUCGGCCUGGAUGUGGCGUUUCAUGGAGGAGAGGACGAGAGCAAGGAAUUCGACAUGGAGGACAGCCAGUACGGCGGGAGUGGUAACUCAUGUUUCUUCUUCGCAUCCCCUCGCCCCGCCCCUCCUCCACUGCAGGUUGGUUUGGAUGUGGCCUUCCACGGGGGAGAAGACGAGGGCGAGGAGUUUGACAUGGAGGACAGCCAGUACGGCGGGCGGCGCUUCCUCACCGGGCGGUCCAUGCACCACCGCAUGCCGGGUGUGCUGGAGCCCAUCGUGCGCAUGCUCAACCCCAAGCGCUGGGGCCGCCCAGGUGGUCCCGCAGAGGCGUUUGGGCAGAAGCGGGACGUGUGGCACAGGGCGCUGGAUAAUACCCCGUACGGGCAGUUCUCACUGGCCAUGUAUGAGGCGAACUAUGUGAUGGAGGACACGGCUGAGGUGGAGGGCAGCAGCAGCGGGGUUUACAUUGGCGUGCACGAUGGGCAUGGCGGCACCGAGACUUCGGAGUUUCUGAAGGAGAAUCUUUACUUUAACCUCAAAGCGCAAUUCAUGCAUCAGGGCGGGCAGGUGUCAGCAGAGGCAGUGCGAGGAGCUUUCCACGAAGCGUUCACCCAGCUGUCAGUGGACCACAACCUGUCCUUCACUUCCAUCCGAGAGAAGUUCAUUGAGGAGCAUGCUGACACGCCCGAUGCUGUUGUGGAGAAGCGCGGGGGGUUCCGCGUGAAGGGCAAAGUGACGGUCACGCGGUCCUUUGGCGACCUGUAUCUCAAGUCCCACGAGUUCAACCGAGAGCCGCUCUUCUCGCGCUUCCGGGUGCCCGAGCCCUUCCACCCGCCUCUCCUGUCGUGUGAGCCCAACAUCGCAGUGCGCGUGCUGUCGCCGCACGACUCCUUCGUCAUCCUCGCCUCCGAUGGGCUCUUUGAGUUCAUCAGCAACCAGGAGGCUGUCGAUAUCGUUGCCAGCAGCCCCCGCAAGGUGAGGGCGAGUGCGGUGCAGAGCGGUAGUAGCUGUGGUCGAGUCCAGUGCAGAUGGGCUGUGCUGUCAUCCUCGCUUCCGAUGGGCUCUUUGAGUUCAUCAACAAUCAGGAAGCUGUUGAUAUCGUCGCCAGCAGCCCCAGGAAGCCUGCUGGUUAUGGACAUCGUUGCAAGCAGCACACGAGAGGACAUAGCUCAGCAGCUGAUUCGGGCGGUGCUACGGCGGGCGGCGGAGAGGCGGGAGAUCCGGUACCAGGACCUGCUGCGCAUGGCGAGUGGGCAGCAGCGGGAGUACCACGAUGACAUCACUGUGGUGGUGUUCUUCUUUAACCACGAGGCGCGGAAUAAGCACGCCAAGAGCAACAACAUGACCUGGAACCAUGUGCAAGGGGGGCUGAGGGACGCAGCUAGGGGAAGAGGGAAGGGGUGUGCCAGGGGGAGUAGCACGACAGCAUCACAGUGGUGGUGUUCUUCUUCAACCAUGAAACACGGAAUAAGCACGCCAAGAGCAACUUCACCUGGAACCAUGUAA